CUUGGAUGGUCCGUCAGUGGCUGGGAGGAGGUGUUAACACGUACGGCGAAGCUGAAGAUGCCAGGGGCUGGUCCAUGGGUGUGAGCCGACUGGAUGUAUUCUACCGAAGGCUGCUCCUCACCAAACUCUUUAUUGGGGGAUGGGGGAAGCCUGAAGACCUCAAGAGAAUCUUUGAGUUUCGAAAGAUAAUUGGAGACAGAGAGAAGUGCAAGUCUCUGGUACCUAAGGACUAUCCCGUUUAUAUAAACAAGACAGAGGAGCUUGCUGACUGUCAUGUCCAAGAGGGCUUCUUUAUCUCUCCUCUGGAGCAUUUGGUUCCUGGGAUCCUGCCACAGGAGGCUAUAAAGGCCAGGUUCCAGUUUAUAGUUCCUAAGAGAUGGCAGAAGAACAGACCAGUAUGUAUCCACUUAGCUGGGACUGGAGACCAUUUCUUCUGGCGCCGGCGGACCCUGAUGGCUCGGCCCAUGAUCAAAGAGGCAGGAAUGGCUUCAUUACUGCUGGAGAACCCUUAUUAUGGCUAUCGAAAACCCAGAGACCAACUACGAUCCAGUCUAAAAAAUGUGUCGGACCUGUUUGUGAUGGGCGGGGCUUUGAUCCUGGAAUCAACAGUACUGCUUCGUUGGCUGGAGAGAGAAGGAUACUGGCCCCUGGGAAUGACUGGCAUCUCUAUGGGAGGAUAUAUGGCGUCCCUGGCAGUGACCAACUGGCCCAAACCCAUCCCUCUGAUUCCCUGUUUGUCCUGGUCCACAGCCUCCAGUGUGUUCACCACGGGUGUGCUGAGUAAAGCAGUGAACUGGACACAGCUGGAGAAGCAAUACGCAAUUAAUUCGAGGUAUGAAGAGGAGAUCAUCAAGCUGCUGGAGUACUGUGGGGCUGAUUCCUUUAAGAUGGGUCCCAAACUUCUAACGAAUGUGGAAGAGCAUUUCCACGACCUGUCUAAAGACCACAAACUGUCAGUGACCCAGUACACCAGAGUGGACGGAGGAAGUGACUAUGGUGGGGCCACAGACGGAGCAGAGCAUCUGUUAUCGCUGGGGAACAGUGUUGGCGCAAACUUUGAAACUCUGCCAACAACUCUUAGUGGAUAUAACACACACGGGAGAAAGACUGAUCCUGCCGAAUGUUGUCGGCCAUCUUUACACAAAGAAUCUAUAAGUUUCAUGAAGGGAGUGAUGGAUGAGUGUACACACAUGGCCAACUUCUCUGUUCCUGUAGAUACCAGUCUCAUCAUUGUCGUCCAGGCCAAAGAGGAUGCAUAUGUGCCCCGAACAGGAGUCCUCAGUCUGCAGGAGAUCUGGCCAGGCUGUGAAGUCAGAUAUCUGAAAGGAGGACACAUCAGUGCAUACCUAUUUAAACAGAAUAUAUUCAGACAGGCCAUAUAUGAUGCCUUUGACAGAUUCUGCGUGAAGUAUCCCAACCUGCACUAGCCACUGGAGGCCAGACUGGACGUUUGCCUUCACGACUCUAAAUGUGGCAGCUGAGAUCUUUUCUUCUGAGGCACGACGUGUGACAUUUACAGGGUAGCCUCAGAGAAGGUGGAGCUGAGCACGACUCUUCCUGUUUGUAUAAGGGUGUGUGAUCUAGGUGUGCAACAAACCUCACCGUGCAUAACUGAAACUGUAGCAGUUUUAAAAUGUUAUGUGUUGGCUGUGAAAGAAACAUCCAGGUCUCUAGUUUCAGUUUGAUAACUGCUGGUAAUCAUUAAUAGCACUGUGUGUUUUCCAGUUUUUAUUGGUCCUGUAUCACCAGGCUGCAAGUGUCCUGCUGUAUUCCACUUCUCUUCCUUAUCUGACACAACCUUGGAUGUGAUACACGAGCCCGAGCCAUUCCAUAUGAAAUCACAGAGAGGUUCCUCAGAAUUGGCCAGUUUAUUUUGGACUAACUUUAGCAUAUUUGAUGAAAAUUGUUACGAUUGUACAGGUCCCUGAAAUUCUUAGGAGUUGGUUGAAAUCUGGCGCUUUUUUAUUUUCUCGUAAUUUUGAUGCUCAUGCUUAAAUUUUCGAUGAUCACAUGAACUUUUCUGGGCUGAAAGAAACAUUGAGUACGAGAUGUGGGAUAAAACACUGGGGGAACGCCGGGGUCAGGCGGACGCACUCGAUCGAUUUUUCCCUGGAAUGUUGUCCUGAUGUCACAUGAAUAAAAUUUAAAGGAGGCUGAAGUAAAUGUUAAAUUACAACAAAGAUCAAGUAUGAUGGUAACCCAAAAAGAAUGUAAUAAAAGUUGAACAAAUGUUGUGCCGCUUUGUUCUGUGUCCACUGUGACUGGUGGACUUUGAGGUUAACUGGCUUCACUGUGUUUGCUGUGCUGCUAACACACGUGUAAAAUGGAAACAAAUAAAUCUCCUUUCUGACAGUUUCA